CGCUUGAAGUCAGAUCUCAAUGUCACUGUUUUAUAGCCUGAAAAGUAGUGAAAAGGCACUUUUUAGAACAUCUCAUAAUAUAGUUUGUAGUUGAUUUGUCCACCCUCUACAUUAGACCCUCCAGUCUCAGGCUAAUAAUAGCACAAAUAUCAGUGGGAAAGUAGUAACCAACAUAAAGCACAAAACCAGCAGGGUAGAGAACCUAUGACUUUGAUGGCGGCCAUGUUUUUUUUAACCAAUCUUGCUUACAUUUUACAGACAUGUGCAUUUACAUGUGCUAGCCAUUUCCCUAAUGAUGUACGCCAAGUUGUGUACCAAACUGUGGUGAUUCAGCUCAACACCUUAAAGUUACAAGAGCCUCCACAGCCCAAAGGUAACACCACGGCCUUCCGUACCCAAAAGGAGAUGUUUGAAAUAAUGGAGGACUCUUUUAAAGUGUGUGCACACUGUGAGAAGAAGUCACAUCACUUAUCAAACCCACAAAGCCUGAAGCGUUGUUCCAGAUGUCUUAAUGUGUAUUACUGCAGCAAGGAGUGUCAAAAGGAAGACUGGGGCAAACAUAAAAAAUUCUGCUCACAGCUGCGUCUUGUUGCCAUCGACAGAGUGGUGGAAUGGCUUAUUUUCAAAGAAGAUCUUCCCUUCCCUACAGAGAAAUGGUCAAAGCCUCAGUCAGAUAUCAAAAACUGGGAUGACUGGCUCGCCAUGCAAGGCGAUCUCACCGCUCGCCUCCAUCCCAUUUUGACUGGAGUGAACAUGAAGAACAUGUGGGCCGAUGCUGGCAGACCUCAACCUGAAGACGACCUCUUGAAGCAGUCACUGUGGAGGGUUUGCAGCGAGUUCUUCUCCAGGCCUCUAACCAUAGCCUGGGGUUUUCGACUGUUCGGCUUGAACCCUUAUUCCAAACCUCUCACCAUCCACUUGGUGGGAGCCGGACAAAGUGAGACGCUAGCAGCAAAGGUGACGGACUACGACGAGCUGAACAAGAUGUAUCCAGAACAUCAGGGUAUAGAGAUUGUUAUGGUGGGACCGGAGCUGGUGAACGGACCUAUAAUGAGGCCUCCACUCAGGGCGUUUGGGCCCAAGCAGAGGGUUUAUAUCAGCGCUUAUAAGGGCCUCUACCAUCAGUUCUGGGAGGAGGUUGUUGAAAAGGAGGAAGCAUCCAAACCAGACCUGGUGGUCGGAUUUCAUCCUGGGUUUGAUGCCAGUCAGGGUUUGGAGCAAGGCUGGCUUCCAACACUACUUCUUCUCAGGGAUUAUGAGAUUCCUUCUCUUUUUACUUCUCUGAGUGAGACAGAGAUGACUUAUUCGCUGCAGAUCCUGCUGGAGUUGGAAAUGGACGUGAAGGGAAGUGGAGAGAACCCCUUUCCCUCACUCAAACCAGAAGUGGUUGGCUCAUCCCCAAAUAAGCCACCAGUUUUCUGUAACUCGCAUUACUUUUGUUUUCAAGGUCUGCUAGAGAAUGUUGAGUUUGAAGAACCAGAUGAGGCCUGAGUGAUGUUAGGCGGGCAUGGAUGUUGUCUAUACAGUUGCCCACACAUUAAGAAAAUGAAGAUUGAUGUUUAUGCAGAAGAAAACAAGUUGAUACUUUUAUUACUCCCAUCAAAAUGCGCAUUUCAUGUAUUUUUUCUUACUUUCUUGUUUAAAACUCAUGACAUCAUUCAUAUGGAGUGGCAAGUCUGUUCUGUGCCAUAAAUAAAUAAAUACUAGUUAAAUAUAAUCAUCUUUCUGGCAUUGGCAACAGGUCUCGGACAGUUAAUCCCGUGCCUGUUUCUCGUCGGGCAUAUUUCGCUAUUGCGGUGGUGCCAGAUGCAAGUUGUUUCUAUUCGACUGAAAGAUUUUUAGUCUAAC